GGAUAUAAAACGAGCUGCGCAGUGUCAACAGAAAGAUAGAAACGCCCACGAAAAAGCACUUUCAAGAAAGGACGCACUUCAGCUGCAACAGACUCUCCUUUUUUUUUUAAAUAAUUAUUUUAAAGCUUCACCGAGUCGGGAUGCCUUUUCUCGGACAGGACUGGAGGUCACCGGGUCAAAACUGGGUAAAAACCGAAGAAGGGUGGAAAAAAACAACAUCAGACGACAGAAACAACAAUGUUUCAGUUGAGAGCUUCUGUAGAGUCAAAGAAGAUGAAUGUUUCAACAAAGAGAACUUGCUGCUCUCUCUGACCUAUGAUAUGGCUGCCAAGAAGAGGAAAAAAGAUCUAAUGAACAACAACACCAAGGUCCCCUAUUUCCACCGGGAACAGUGGAUUUAUGUUCAUAAAGGAAGCACCAAGGAGCGCCACGGAUAUUGUACACUGGGAGAAGCCUUCAACCGCUUAGAUUUCUGCAGCGCCAUCAAGGACACCAGGAGGUUUAAUUAUGUCGUCAGACUCCUGGAGCUUAUCGCCAAGUCCCAGCUCCCCUCACUCAGCGGAGUGGCGCAGAAAAACUACAUGAAUAUUCUAGAGAGAGUCGUUCAGAAAGUCCUCGAUGAACAGCAAAACGUACGUCCUAUCAAAGAGCUGCUGCAGACGCUCUACAUCUCCCUGUGUGGUCUCGUUCAGGACAUGGGCAAGUCUGUCCUGGUGGGGAACAUCAACAUGUGGGUGCACCGCAUGGAGAACAUCCUGCAGUGGCAGCAGCAGCUGGACAACAUCCAGAUAAACAGACCCACAUCUACAGGCAUGACUCUGACUGACCUGCCUGCCAGCCUGCAGUUAAACAUCAUGCAGCGUCUGUCAGAUGGCAGGGACCUGGUCAGCCUGGGGCAAGUGUGUCCAGAGCUGGGGGCCCUUACUGAGGACCGGCUGCUGUGGAAGCGACUCUGCCAGUACCACUUCACAGACAGACAGAUCCGCAAGCGUCUGAUGGUGUCAGAUAAAGGUCACUUGGAGUGGAAGAAAAUGUACUUUAAGCUGAGCCGCUGCUAUCCUCACAGAGAGCAAUACAGUGAUACACUGCACUUCUGCACACACUGCCACAUCCUUUUCUGGAAGGAUACAAACCAUCCCUGCACAGCAAACAACCCAGACAGCUGCACCAUGUCCCUCUCUCCACAAGACUUUAUCAAUCUGUUUAAUUUCUGAUCUCUACCCCCGCUUUAAAAAAAAAAACCCGUGUGGACUGUACAUAUACUGUUGCUGUACAUAGAAGUGUACAAUGUUUUUGUUUCAUAUCACCAAUAAUGUGUGUGUAUAUAUUUAGCUGCAGCAUUACUGCAGAGAGGAUAAAGGCAAUGGGACGAUUAUGCAAUUUGAAUUUUUUAUCUUUUGGGUGACCACAGGAGUGUUUUUUUUUGGGGGGGGGGGGGCAUUGCUGUUGAAAGCAAGUGAAUGUGAUGAAGAGCUCAAGUGUUAAACGAGCAUGUGACCUGUGGACUGAGGAGAGCAGAAGAGAAAAAGGAAUUUUCGGCUUUUGGAGUUGAGUCUUAGUUUGUGCUUUCUUGAAAAUUACAGAUUUUUCUUGGUUUUGUUUUUAGUUUUGCAUUUCAAAUUAUGUAAAUGUUCCUUUCAAUGUGGGAAGAAGUAUGAUUGUUUAAAAUUGUAAUUAUGCGGCCUUUUUUUUUUCCUCAGAUGGGGAGGUGCAAUUAAUGUUCGGAUGUGGUCAGAUUUAAUUUUGGCUGUGAGUUUAAAAAAAAAAAAAAAAAAGCACCUGUAUAUUUGCAGCAGUAACUAAGAAAAUUUAUUGCAAGUAAGAAAUGAUUAUAAUUGAUCAUGAGACUGACCUGUUGACACCAGUGUGUGUGUGUUUUUCCUUUUGUAUUCUUUGAUAUUUAUAUUUUUGUCUUUUUUUUUAUCCUUUAAUUUUCUACUAUGGUGGUUAUAGCAGCAGCACCAGAGUGCAGUAUUACCAAAGAUUAUAAUCAAAGUCAGUAUAAUAAUGAUGUGCUUUCUUUUUUUUUUUUUUUUUUUUAAAUCAUGAAACUUGAAGCAGUUCUGGUACAAUUUAAGCCUGGUUCACAAUACUUUAAGAUCCUGAUGCUUUUAUUAUUAUUUCCUUUUUCCCCUCUGAUACCAAAGUUUAAUGUUGGAGACAUUUUUCUAAACCCUCCUGCAUGUUCUUUUGCUCUUUCAAACACCCAGUUGAUUGUUUACUUUAUUUGUUGUGUUUUGGAGGGUGGUUUAACUGCUCACUUAGGUUUCAAGAAGUGGGAAAUGUUAGUGUAAAGGUGCCGUUUGAGUCUCUUACUUCUGUCAUGGCUCAGACAAUGAAGAAGAAUGAUGUACAUGCUAUGCAAUGCUGUCUAUGUUCUAUUGAAUAAAUAAAACAAAAUAAACUUUU